AUGGAUACCAAAGCGACGUCCAACGCGGGCCCCACGGCAACGCACCUCCCGUCGGCCACUUACCCGGCGACCUCUCCGUACGCGAAGGCGGGCCGUUCUUCGCAUCAGUAUUUUAGUUUAAGAUGGAACAACUAUCAGUCGAACAUGACGUCCGUGUUUCACGAGCUGCUCGAGUCGCAGUCGUUCGUCGACGUGACGCUGGCCUGUGAAUAUAAUUCACUGAAGGCGCACAAGGUGGUUUUGUCUGCAUGUUCGGCGUAUUUUCAAAAAAUACUGCUCGACAACCCGUGCAAACAUCCCACGAUCAUCCUGCCGGCGGACAUCUGUUUCUCCGAUCUGCAGUUCAUCAUAGAGUUCGUGUAUCGCGGCGAGAUCGACGUGUCGGAGGCGGAACUGCAGAGCCUACUACGGACUGCAGAACAAUUAAAAAUCAAGGGCCUAUGUGAGGUAGGCGAACCACAGUACGAGCAGGACUACUCGCCCGCGGUCAAGCGCUACAAACCGUAUCGAUCGCGUUCGCCCCCGGAUAACCGGAACCAUCACCACCAGCAACCUCCUCCUCCACCUCCACCGCCCGGAUCGGGAUCGUACGGUGGCGGCGGCAGCAGCAACAGCGGUGGUGGAGCAUCUGCCGCUGGUGGUCGAUCGGGCGGAGGAUCGCACGGUAACGGUAGCCACAGUUCCACGUCGUCUUCGCAGGCGUCCUCCGGGUACAGUGAAAACGGCAAAAGUUGUGGCAGCAAGGGACGAAGCUAUCUCCACCAUCACCUCCACCCGCCCCAUCUGCAUUCACACCUGCUGCAGCAGCACGGUGGUGAAGCGGGUGGAUCAACGCCUUCCCCGUCCGCGGCCGGAGCAUCGAGUACUACCAGCAGUAGCCGCCUAAGGGAGGACGAUGGAUCGCCGUCCGCUGUAGUAGUGGUAGAAUCGCACGACCUCACCACCACCAGCAGCAACACGCGGAGUUCUGCUGCCAAGAAUAAACACUACCUUCCUCACCUGCAUCAUCAUCAUCAUCACCUGCCGCAGCAUCAUCAUCAUUCACAGCACCAGCACUCGAUUGCCAGCAAAAUGGCCAGUCUAGGCAUGGGCGUUGGAAUAAAUGGUUCCGUUAUGGGCGUACCGAUGGGUUACUUGGAUUUUGCACCGGAACCACCAGCACCCACGGCGACACCGGUGACAGAACAUGUGGACAUUAAUUGUGCGCCUAGCCACGAUACCCGUGAUCUGUCCAGUAAGUAUUCUGUGCCAAACGAUGGUGAUUUACGAGUGAAAUUCGAAACGUUACGUUCACUAGAUCAUCCCCCGAACGCAGUUCAACUGGACAAUCAGGUCGUCAGCCAUCAGCAGCUGCACCACCAGCAGCAGCAGGUGCAACAGCAACAGCAAUUGUUGCACCAACAGCAUUUACUGCAGCAGCAGCAGCAACAACAACAAGCGGCGGCAGUGGCAGCGGCGGCCGCAGCAGCGGCGCAUCGGCAAACGCCGCAGCCUCCGGCGCAGCAGCCACAGAAUGACCACCGGCAUUCGCCACCACACAUGCAGCAACAACAACAGCAGCAGCACGUAAUGUUGAUGGAUCCCCAGCAACAGCAGCACCAUCCGACCACUCACAGCCCUGCAUCGAGUGUAUCGUCCUCAUCUUCCAGUCAGCAUCCUGAGAACUUGGUAACAGGCGGUGGUGGCGGAGGGGCAGCUGUAGGGGCGACGAGCGUCGCACAGAGCGCCGCCGCCAGUAGCAAUGGUAGCAAUGGAGGCGAGGAGCUGCUGAAACCGAGACUGAACUUAAAACAGGAAAUCAUAAACGAUGCCGAGCAGCAGCAACAGACGAUGGAGGUCGAGCAGGAUCAGUCAUCGAUGCACGGCAGCAGUGGCAUGGUGGUGACACCGGAAAUCUCCGGCAUUAUGAACCAAAGCCAGAUGAGCGAUAUGUAUCAAUCGGAUGCCAGCGAGGAUUCCAAGGCGGGCAUUUUGGACGGGUCCUCGAUCCAGUACACCAAUCUCACCAGUCCGAACGAGGCGAAAACUCCUACCGGACCCAAGACGUGGACCGCCGAGGAUAUGGAGUCGGCGCUGGAAGCGUUGCGCACUCACAACAUGAGCUUGACCAAGGCUUCCGCAACGUACGGCAUUCCAUCGACUACACUCUGGCAGCGUGCCCAUCGACUCGGUAUCGAUACGCCCAAGAAGGAGGGUCCGUCGAAGACGUGGAACGAAGAUUCUCUUAACAAUGCCCUGGAAGCACUGCGCACGGGGACGAUCUCGGCCAACAAGGCCUCGAAAGCGUUCGGCAUUCCGUCGUCCACACUCUACAAGAUUGCGCGCCGCGAAGGCAUACGGCUGGCGGCACCGUUCAACGCGGCGCCCACCACCUGGUCCGCGGAGGAUCUAGACCGUGCCUUGGAAGCGAUUCGCGCCGGACAGACGUCGGUGCAGAAGGCGAGUACCGAGUUUGGCAUUCCGACCGGCACACUGUACGGGCGGUGCAAGCGCGAAGGGAUCGAGCUUUCGCGCUCCAACCCCACGCCCUGGUCGGAGGACGCGAUGAUGGAAGCCUUAGAAUCAGUCAAACAGGGACACAUGUCGAUCAAUCAAGCCGCCAUCCACUAUAACCUGCCGUACAGCUCGCUGUACGGUCGAUUCAAGCGUGGCAAGUACGAUACGCCGAGCUCGGGUGGUGGUGGCAGUGGCGGUGGCGGCGGUGGUGGCAGUUCGUCAAACGCUGCUGCUGCUGCUGCUGCUACCGGUGCCGGUGCCGGUGCCGGAGGAAACAGCAACGUCGGUGGUAGUCCCCAGAUGGAGUUUAAAAUAGAACCACAGCAUAAUGAUCAUAGUCCAGAGAAUACGCAACAUUACAAUCCUGCACUGUCGGCAUCAUCGACGCCAACGAGCAAUGCUCCAACGCAACAGCAGCAGCAGCAGCAGCAGCAGCAGCAGCAACAACAACAACAGCAGCAGCAGCAACAGCAGCAACAGCAACAGCAGCAACAGCAGCAGCAACAACAGCAGCAACUCUCCCACCAUUUAGUCCAAUCGGCGCCAACACCUGUCCCGAUCAUUAUCGAUCCCGCACAUCACCAUAUUCCGCAUCCACAUCAGCAGAUCCACCAACAGCAGCAGCAGCAGGUGGUCGCUCAGCAUCAGCAGCAGCACCACCACUUGCAUCAUCAGCCACAGCUGAUUCAGCAUCACAUCAUUCCGCAGCAGCAUCACAUAAUCUACCAACAACCGCUGCAACCGAUUCAACAGCAGCCCCAGUACCACCCGAUGUACCACAUAAUCAAGCAGGAGAACGACAGAAGUUGAAAGCACCGGCGUCCGCGUCAUCGCUACAGCCAACACCACGAUCACUAUCAUCAGCAGCAGCAGCAACAGCAUCACUACGAUGACGGCACGAUUGACGCAAGGACUGAUCAAUAGUCAAUCCACAAUCAUUAACACAGAAAAGUACGGAGAGGAUUCACAAGUACAGUACGGAUUACAUUGGUUCCCGGUGCUUCCGAUAGCUCGAUUAUUCUGCUGAUCCCAUUCGACGUUCGACGUUCGACGUUCUGUUUUCGUGAUAGUUGGUACAGCCACCUUCAUACGUAUCUUCCAGACCUGAUAAGUUUUGGCGUGAGCUCCGGUGCCCUGGUCCGAGCACUACAUAAACCACAGAACAAAUGCAGACGGGAAAUUUUUUCGCAAAGUACGUCACGUCACGAACGUUCUGUUACUGUCCUCAUCACAGCGCUAACUAAACCUGUCCGAGGGCAGUGUUCGAUCAAAAAUGUGUAAAGAAAACGCGGCUAAUUUAAAGGUCUCUCUAUCUCUAGCGUGAGUUACAAACCCCACACAAAGUGUUCGGAUCGGACAAAAACUAACGUGUGUGUUGGCUUGAAGUUUAGUUAUUUUUAGUAAACCGUGCAACUUACUAAACAUCUUCUCUCCGUUCAUGGAUGUGGAUAAACGAAAGGUGUGUGAUGCGUAGUCGAAACGGAUUGAUAGAAGCGUUGGAAAAGAGGGGGGCUCUAGGAGUAAUACUGAUACAGGACAGGACACACGGCUGGCUAACACAUGAGUUGAACACUAGUAAAAUAAAGCCCCCCCAAACCCGAUGUGUGGCAGCGCGCCGCGUUCAGUAAUAAAAUCGAAACUGUGCGGCAGAUUGUUGACCAAACUGUUGGCGGCCAACAGACAAAAGUACUGUACAGUAAAGUUGAAAAAUUGCUUCCUCUCCCGUGGCGUCGUCGCUAGCGUAACACUGGGUUUAGAUUUCUGGCCGAUUCGUACUACGAACGUCGUUGCAGUUGCCAAACCAUGAACCACCCCCGCGGUGGUACUACACAAAUGCGUCUGGUUGUUGUGAAGUCUGGAGCGAGAUAAACAAUGCAGGAGAGAUGCGUAAAAUGGAGGUCCGCCUAAAGACAUUGAAAUGUGACUUAUCGUUUGCAGAUAGAGAGAAAGCAUUUACCUUCCGUAUUAUAGGCUACAAAUGGUUUAUUUUUCAUUUUCUUCGGAUGCUCGUUUGUUGUUAAAAGUCUGAAGCGACCGUUUUUAGACGCCCGCGCGCCAAUUUAGUUGUGUGUUGUCAACAGCUCUCAACAGCGACACAUACACUUCAUCCGAAGCUUGUGGUAACACGCUACAGUGACUAUCCAAAUAUAAUAAAAAUGACUGAACCAUUGACAUGAUUACUUUUACACCUAUUAGUUAUGUUAAAAACAUGUCAAAGAUUAAUCUCAACAGAGGUGUAUGUCAGCCGUUGUUGCAGACAGUCCAACGCGUUGAUUCUAGCGCGCAUUGCCCGUGACUCUUUCACUUAGUGUGUGCGUCCGUAACGGUUGACGCAGGGUUUUUGGUAAGACGCGUAAUCGCAGUCUUUGAAAGAAUUAAUAAUAGUUUUUUCUGUAGAAUAUUUCAGAGCAUAAGAAGCUCUAUGCGUUAAAAGCUGGACGCAGAAUUUAUACAAAACUUAUGUUCCCGAUAGAAGUGAUUAUCGAUUGACCACAUCUUGUUGGUGUUAUCUUAUUUCUGUUUGCGCUACACAACACGUUGACCGGGCACGCCUAAUAACAACCCCCGAGAUGAUGCUAACGGAAGCAAACCUCAACAAAAUGUGACAAAAACAACAUUAUUAUCUCAGUAGUUAUAUUAAAUUUGCUCUUACGGUUAAAUUUAUCUUUACAAAUAUGUAUUGAGUUAUUAUUAAUCCUUCUCUUUUCAUAGUUAUUAUUACUAUUAUUAUCAUUGCAAUUAUUGCUACAAUUAUCUUCCAUCAAAAAAGCGAAAGCGAAUCGAAAUGCGCUUGCGGAGGAGAGAAAGAGGAUUCAUUGAGAUUAGGAUGUGGACGACGGGGGUGGGCGUUCAAAACGUUGCCACAUCAAUACUUCCGAAUUGAAGCAUAAACAAAUGCGCGCGUGCCACGGGUGCGGCAUUACAUCUAACAUGUAUACAAGAAUGAGUUAUGGUGAUAUGAAUUUUAGUAGUCGGAUGAGUCGUGAAUGAAUAAGAUUUCAGAAUGGCAAAACCACCCUCCAUUGAUUGAUUGUGUAGUGCAAGGUACUCCCUGCAGAUCGAAGUACGAUUUAGAAACAUCACACAAAAAAGUAUUAAGAAUCACGAUUAGUGGGCGCAGAAAGCGCGAUCUGAGUGCGAUCUGGUUUAGUGGAACCUCUCUUUUCGUUGUGAACAGUUCCUCUUUGAGAAACAAUGCGAAUAGCGGUGGGCAACUCACGAAGAAUAACAGCCAAUACGUAGAUAUUCAGGUACUCUACGGUGGACACACGUAAUCAGGCCCGAAAGCAGCAAAUAAUAAUUUUUAAUAUAUUUUUUAAAAUUAUGUGUGUUUCUUUUUUGUUAUCUCGUUCGAGUAUCACGAAUUCAAAUAUGUGUUAGUUUCUUCGCCUGAUGGGUUCACUUGUUGUGUUGACUAGUUCUGUAAUGCGCUACAUCGAAUUCCAUUUUUGGCGUUUCUUAUUCUUUUAUUGUUGCAGUCAAUUUUAUUACUGCUCACGUUUCGCUGGGUGUUUUUCUUGGGUUUCUAUUCAAUAGCUCAGUUCGAUGUGGCUACGAGGGAGACCUAUAAACGAUGAUCAGCAGCAGCCGUCUCGCUUUCAGCAUUUUAUGUUUCGCACAUAAUUUCUGCUCUUUGCUGGCGUAGUGAGGAGCUAUCGAGAGAAAGAAACUAGCUGCAUUUAAUCGAGCUGAUUGGGUUUCGAUAGCGGUACGGUUGAAUCUAGGCCUGUGGGGGAACUAAGAAAAAGAUUGAACGAGCAUCGUGAGAAAAACCAUACAGGGAAAUUGGAAUGUUUAAUGGGAAACUUAUGGUUUUGCUGCUGACACACAACGAUACACUUGAAGAUGUCGACAGCAACUCCAAGUCGAUCUGACGACGGGCACGGCCUAGUUACGCCGGAGAUGCGGCGGGCGGUUUGUGGAUACGAGAUGAGUUGCCCAUUGAUUGGGUUGCGUCGAAACGACACGGUGUAAAUGGAAGAAAAAUUCGUCCUCUAGGAAAAACAAAACCAGAUUCGAUACUCUUGUGGCCGUAGGUAAAAGCGUAGCAUAUGAGUGCAUUGUAUUAUAUGUAGCUUAAAAUUAAAACUGACUAUAAAGAAUCGAUAACGAUGAUUGGAAAAGGUAGACAGACCGUUAAACGAAGAAAUACGGCGACAGCGCAGACAGCAAACAGAAACAUAAUAGAGAUUGUCCAUAGUGUACGAUGCCCACGCAAACAGUUCAGUUUUCUCGACGAAGAGAACGCAAAACACACCCUACACCGUACAUAUUUUCUUACACACACAAACACAUUUGUUAUGGUUUAUUGUUCUGUUGUCAUAUUGUUCAUUGUCAUAUAAACGGGUUAUGUUUUAUCUCUAGCAUGUGGCAGUAGCAUUGUAGAAAAUAAUCCACAUUAAGAGAUGCAAUGCUUAGGGCUCCUUGCGCACCAUCCUUCUCGCAAACGGGGGAAAGCAAAGGCGGACGAUGAUAAAGUGUUAAAACAAAAUAAUAAAAUAGAGACUACCCUCCAGAAACAAUAAAACGAUAGAAAGUGACAAACACGCGUAAGCUUUUUUUAAAGCAAAGAUGUGCUGUGUAGACCCAACAGACACAGCGGAGCAAUUUCCGUUUGUUAUUCAUACCGUUAGUAAGCAUCGUAACUCGACUAGAGCAGAAGCAGAAUAAGGGAUUAGCAGUAGCAAAGAAUGAAACGAUAUAUGGUGUCAAUAGUGUUCUUCCUCUGAACGGAGCGUUCCGUUAGGUUGGCUAACCAAAUUAUGGUUACAGUUAAGUUCCUGUUUUGUGAAUUCUGUCUUCGUCCUGGGUUAUUCUUCUCUCCGUGUGAAACUCUCCAAGCAUAAUACUUUCACACCCGUAUGCGGAGCACCGGAAUCCAGCAGUGACAAUAUUUGCUUUUGUUAUACUUGCAGUUUUCCUUGUGUUUCAGAAUUCCCUUCGCUUUAUUGUACUGUUUACGUAAUAGAUUUAUACUGAUUAUAAACGUAAUUCUUCCAGCUGUCUCCCCUUUGAAUUGAAUCUGUUGAGGGAUAGUAAGGCCGAAUAGUUGAAGUAAUAUGCGUCACCCCUGUGGGAGAAAAGCUGCUCCAGUACAGUGCAAAACAGAAUAAAGUAAAUCAUAACACAAGUCCUAAAAGAACAUUAUGGCAUACAACCAACUAUUGUGCGUAUGCCGUGCAGGGGAGUUCCAAUCAACAAUACCUAUUAUCAAAAUACAUAUAGCGACUAAUUGUGUAAUACCGGCAAUAAUGGUAAACUCGUUGAUGCGUUGUGUAGUGGACUUGGUUGCUGCACUAGCUGAAAACAAUACAGGUGUGUCGAAGGCGUUAGGCAAAAAACGAACCGAACGAAGCGAAACAAAUCAAAGGAUACAUACAUCCUAACACAUACCUGGUCAUGUGUGAGCGUGUGUGUUUGUCACAAAUCAACAGGUGACAUUGUCAGUGCAAAUGUGGGCGAAUGCCGCGGCAGUAUUUAGAGCCUCCAUCAUGUUCCACACACGUGUGCUAGAGAACAGAGUAGCGCCUCGGUGCGAAAAUAAUCAAAUUAGACACAGAUCAAAAGGAGAACCGUGCUUGUGCGAACGACGAAGGCACCCGACAUUGCACUAUUACGUAGAUCCCAAACAAAAGGCAUCUUUAUCCAUCCCUCCCCGGACAGAUUGCAUUAGCGCCGCGCACCCACGUGAACCGAAGAAAUAAUGGCAGAAAAAAUACAACUGAUAUGUGUACAAACUGUAAAACAAGAUUUAAAAAAGGAAUAUAUACAUGCAAAACCACUAUAUUAUAUAUACAAGCAUAUAUAAUGGUAUAUA